AUCUUGUUUCUCAAUUUCUAUUUUCAUCACUUGUGAAUAAAAUGCUGCGGUAUUUAAAUUAUUCCACCAGGAACAUGGACUCUCAUCUGGAGAGAGCAUCACACUCAUUUCCAGGAGAGAACCAUGGGCUUGGAGUUGGUCUUUUUCAUCCUAGCAGCUUAACACUCAGCAGCAAAUCUAUUCCAUGCAUUUUGAUCUCCUCAGUAGAGGUCAAUUGCAGUUGCGAAGAAGAGUUUGUGUAUGGUCUUAUCUUGCCCUCCUGAAGUGCCAACCAGUUUGCCAGAACAUAAAAAAAAACUUUCACCCAUGCUAUUGUAAAGUGUCGAUUCUAGGGCUGGUGGAUAAGCUCUAAGCUAAGCUUUGUAUGCUUGUUUCUUUGUUUUAUUAAAUAUAAAUGUAUAUAUUAUCCAACAAGGUACCCAGAGUGCUGCUUAUUAUACAAAACAACACAUGCAAAAUACCAGGAAAUAAAGUCCACUAUAGAAUUCCCAUUUCUACUGACUGCUUUUGAUUCAGUGGAGAAUUCAGUGGAGAAUUAACUGGAGGUACGGCAUAUGCUGGAUUUGAAACACUGUUUGAGAGGCUUGAGAAGGUAUAAAUAAACAUAGCACUCUUCUAGUUGUUGUGUCUGAAUGUAUUCUAAAAUGUGACUUCUUUAUUGAGAUUGCGAUCAGCUUCUGUUCUUAGACACUGUUGAAUUAACUGCAUAGAAAUUAUGAAUGAAUUAAUGAAUUAUUCUGAUGUUAUGUAUUUAACUCUGGAGGGCCAUGUGGAGCUGGAGAAAUACAGAUAUUUUUAUUUUGUAAUGGUUCUCACACUUUACAUGUUGAUCAUUAGUUGUAAUGGUCUGGUCAUUUUUGUCAUAUUCACAAACAAACAUCUCCAUGAGCCCAUGUACAUUUUCAUUGCUGCUUUGCUUUGUAAUGCUCUCUUUGGAACAGCUGCUCUUUAUCCGAAACUGCUCACAGAUUUUUUGUCUGAAAUUCAAGUUGUUUCUUUUGAAUCCUGCAUAUUUCAAUCAUUUUGCAUUUAUACAUAUGGUGCUUCAGAGUUCACACUGUUAUCAGCUAUGGCUUAUGAUAGAUAUGUGUCUAUCUGUAAACCAUUACAAUAUGCAACAAUUGUAAAAAUGUCCACUGUUAAAAAGCUCUUAUUUUGCUGUUGGUUUCUUCCUUGUUGUGAAAUAGGCAUUACUGCAAUAUUAACAUAUCAACGUAAGCUGUGUAAAUUCAAAUUAAAUCGAAUAUACUGUAAUAACAGUUCCAUGAUUAGAUUGGGUUGUGGAGACGUUUCUGUAAGUAAUUUGUAUGGACUGUUUGCUUUAAGCAUUGUUGUGUUUCCUCCAUUAAUUUUUGUAUUUUUCUCAUAUAUCAGAAUACUUUCAGUCUGUUUAAAGAAUUCUAAAGAUUUUAGGACAAAAGCUCUACAAACCUGCUUCCCACAUCUAUUAAUUUUAAUCAGUUUCUCCAUCACAACAUGUUUUGAAAUUAUAAAUACUAGAUUAGAAGAAAACAUGCCUCACAUUGCCAGCAUGAUUAUGUCAGUGGAAAAUCUGAUUAUUCCUCCUCUAUUAAAUCCCAUUAUAUAUGGACUGAAACUGAAGGAGAUAUUCAAUAGGAUUAAGAAAAUGGUUUGGAAAAAUAAGAUAAUUGUAUGCCAAGAGGUUAAACAAAGACCUGCAUUUAUUCAUUAGCAGUAUAUUUCUGUACUUUACUAAAUAUUUAUUUGUAGUAAAUCUAAGCCUAUUUAACGUACAAAAAAAUAAAACACCAUAUGUUGUGUUGUUUUAAUAUAAGCUUUUUACUGGUUUGCUCAUUGGAUUUUAUAUUUUCUGAUUAGGAAGCACCAAUAAACCUUAAUGAGCAGCAAUGCAACAGACUUUUCUUAAAAACAAUUACAAAUAUUUACAUUUAAAAUGAGAAAUGAACAUUCAUGUCAAGUAGACAUGAAUGUUAUUGACAUCCAUAUUGCAGUGGUUUGGCAGACAGUUAAACAAACUGAUCAGUUUUAUUCUCCUUGCUUGUGUUGAUUAAACUCUG